UCCAACAGCAUCUCGGCCGUUUUCACCAUGCAGACGCAUAUUCUGUUUUAUCUCAGUCUAACAUGGAUACGGCUAUCACAAGACAUCGCAAAAGCUAAAGACACAGGUGACCCUAAAUGGAAGAUAAACGUGAAUCAGAACAUAACUGCAACAAAAGGCUCAAAUAUAAUCAUAUUCUGCACAUUUGAAACUCCUCCGGAACAAAAAACAAACAUUACAGUUUACUGGAAAACAAAUGGAAGAAGCAGCUGCAGCAGGAACGACAAUGACAAGCUGGCAUUUGCUUUUCAUCCUAGCUCCUCUUGCAUAGAUCCACACUUCCAGGGAAGGACAAAACUAAUUGGAGAAGCCAGCGAUGGAAACUGCUCUCUGCAAAUCUUCAAUAUUAGGAAAACUGAACCAUCAAUCUACGUGCGGGUUUCUGGACGGAGCAACUACUACAGCUUCAAGAAACAUGCCGUCAAAUUUUAUGUGGAUGAAAAAAAUUUAAGUUCCUUGAGUCACACAGAUUAUCCCUCAUUUGAGUUUACAACAAGCGCCAUGCCUGAUGUGCAUGACGAUGGGAACAUCAAGAUGUACCUGGCCAUCUUUGUGCCACUUCCCAUCAUUCUCAUCAUUGCUGCAGCUGGGAUAGUCGCUUACAAAACGUACAAGAGGUCACACAUGAUGAAGCGUCAGGAAUCUGGAUAUUAUGCAAACUUCAAACGGACAUCGUCAACCCCACACAAAAGUGAACCAUUAUGUGAAACAUCAAAUAAAAUGCCUACAGAUGCAAAAGUCAUUGAUGAACCUAUUUACUUAAAUCUGCAGACGUCAGCAAAUGAGAUGGACCAACGAGUGGAAACUGUGGAAAAUAUUUAUGGAAAUGUGGACUAUACAAUUUAGAAAAAAAACAUCUGCUUUCAUCCUGAAGGGUUGUAUUUAGCUUUCAAAUGCAUAUGUGCCAUAAGAAGGAUCUAAAGUGUCAACUAGAUUAAGGAUGCACUGGUUUGCAACACAUGCAUGGAAACUCUGAAGCUUAAUAAAAAGGGAACUUAAUUCAGCAACGUGACCAAUGCAGUCACAUUGUAUCGGUCACAUUGCUAAGAGAUUGACCUUUCCACCUUCACUUGACAAAGCUUCAAUAAUAAAAAUAAAUAAAUAAUCCAGAAUCUCACACAUUUGAAAUGAGCUGGCAACAUGACGCACUGAGAUCGUAAUAAAUUGUUUUCAAUAAGGAUUUUCAAGAAUCAAGAACUAAAGUCUGCCACCUUCAGGCUCUUUGCUGUCUCUCUGUUAACUAAAAAACAGAAACCUCAGUAAUGUUUGUUUUUAAAUGGCAAUAAAGGUGCUAAUUUUACUGUCCAAUAAUUAGCAUUCUGUACAUGAAGUUAUCUUUAUAAAAGAUUGUAACCUGAUGUAAACUACUGUCAGUCAACAUGUUAAAAAUGACAUUUUUAUAUAUUGCUUAUUAAAGGAUCAAUUUUGAAAAUGUAAGCAAAUUGUGACGUUUGACAUUUUGUAAUAGAGCUACAAGAGAAGU